AAAAAUAUUACGGUAAUGACAAAAGUAACUGACUUUUGAAUUAAAAAGUUGUUAAAAUUUGCUACAUUAAAAGUUUUUUUCUUGUUUUGAAAAUGAAAACUUUUACUGCUACAGUUUUUGAAAAUCUCAUUGCUCACUGAUUUAAAAGUUUUUACUUUUAAUUCGACUGUAAAAUUUCUUUCAUUUUGACGUUCUCGUGUAACCGUGUACGCCUAAGUCGCAAAUGUAAACAAACACUUUGGUGGGUCCGGUGGUGCUGGUGAGUCUAGGACGCAAAGUAAAGCCAACCGGACGCGGAAACCUUCGUGAGCCAAACAGCAGCAGCGGAACGCCUUCGAAGGAGGGUGGUGCAGGAGCGGGACGAGGUCGAGUGCUCGAAAAGGACAAGGCCAGCUUCCUGCAGGAACUGCAGCUGUUCCUCGGCCGGAAUUCCUAAGAAGGAAGCUUGGGUGUUUUGUGGGGUUUGUGAUUGAUUUUGUUUGUUUUUGUAGGAUGAGAGGUAGGAAUGUGGAUUCGCACCGGUUGUAUUGGGUGGUGGUGGCCCGGGAUUGAAGGUCAAUUCGCGUGGGGACUGGGCGAGAUCAUCGAGGAGAUGGCGCUGCCGAAGCGUUGCGUGAACAACGAGAUUGCGUUGAAGAAGAUUAACUUCCGGAUUUGGACAAGUACGCGAAAGUUUAUUUUCACGAUGGGCCUCCGACGAAGAGGAUGGUCAGCGCAGAUGUUGCACUCGGUGCCGUCGGUUUACAGCACCGCAACUUCCCGCCCACAAACACUCACGUCGCGACGGCGCAGCUUCAGCCGAAUGAAUCUGGACAGUGAGCCAAAAAAAAAAACGAAUUAGGAUUACGUGCUCAAAAUCGAACUCCGUUCCGAGGGCCUCAUCAACUCCAUGUUCCGGAUGCGCUUUCAGGAUCGGGAACUCCCCGUUCAGGCACUUUACUUUCCAGCCGGGAAACGUCGACCACCCUUCCCGAAUCAAUGGCCAACUCCUCCAAGACUGUCCUGAUUGAGGCCGGAAACGUGACCAUCGUGUUACACUGCUGUCGCGUCGAAGCCUCCAUCCGGAACCGACCAAACUGGGGUAUUCGGAAGUGACCAGUGGCGUACCGUAUGAAGCAGAAGCUAGUGGAGAAGCGUUAAAUACAUAUUUUUUUAAUUUUUUUUUAAAUAAAUGUAAAAAACCAAGCACAUUUUUCUGAAAUUAUCCCUGUAGUGCUAAAUGUUGUGUAUUCUUGCCAUAAAAGGUUUCUUUUCCAAAUAAAAGUAAAAUACUUUUACCAAUACAACGAUUUUGUUCCAUAAAUGCAUGGUAGUAUUAAAAACUUUCCAACUUUUGAAUUGAAAAGUUUGAACUUUCUACGAAUAUUCACCAACGCGAACUUUUAAUCCAACGAACGAUCUUUUUAAAUUUAGAGUAAUUUUUCU